AGUGUGUAGUUGCUGGAAGGACCAAUGGAAGGAAAACCAACAGUAUCAGGAGCAACAGCAAUCAAAAUUUCUAAAAUUACUUACACAAUGGGACUGUUAACACCAAUUUCUCUGGUGGUGUUUGUGGUGAGAAUGAUCCCAUUACCAAGACAAGUAAAAAAGGAGACUGCUUAAAAUUACUGAAGGGAUCGUCUGCGUAAUACUGUCAUGCAUGGGAACAAGCUUAUUUGCAGACAAAUGGAUGAUGAUGAUGGCGUCGCCUGCACAAGCCUCCGACUUUGAUUUUCAGCGCACUUGACAUUAAUGAAAUCUGCUAUCAUACUGCCAUGUACUAUGCUGCUAUGUAUACAAUUGGUCUGAUUGACUUAUUUCCGGCUUGAGGUUUGAUAAAAUCUGGUACCAGCCAUGGUAUAUGCAAAUGGGACACUUCCCUCUUCUAGAAGUCCACUGGUUGGCCCCAUCGACAAUUUCCUGCAAGUCGCCUUUUACAAAUUGCAAAUGGGACACUUUUAUCUGGACCCGCAAUGACUAUACUGUCUAACUCGGUAAUUUCCACCGACUCUAAUUCUUCUUCGCUCGCUGCCUAUUUCCAGGAAUCUGCGAUAAUCGGAAAUUUCCUCCGGUUCACCUUUUUCUUGCCUCCUCCGUAGAAUCUGUAGUAAUAAGGUGUUAAGUUGCCCUUAUCAGGAAUUAAUAUUUAUCCUAAUAUUUUUUUUACUCCUUUACGGGCUGCUUCCUUCUUUAAUGUCUUUGUCUUACUGGCUUCGGGCCUUCUGCUGGUUUUCAUUUCCACAUUAUGAAGCUUUAAUCAAAGUGACAUUGAGACACGCAAGAGGAAUAUUUAUAUGUUAAAAUUAUAGAAUGUUGAUUUUUUUUAAAAAAUUUUAUAGAUCGAAUUAUGUAUUAUGCAUUAAUUAUUUGAGUGUGAACUGAAAGAGAACGAGUACUAAAAUUGACUUUGGAAAAGCCUUUGUCUCACUUCAAAAGAACCAUUGAUCAUCAAUGAAUUUCCUUGAAGGUGGCUGGAACUCGGAAGCUGAAUGCCUUGAAGGUUCCAUGAAGAUAACAAAGAAAUUAACAAGUGCUCUCUUCCUUCUCAGAAUAUAUAGGUCUUUUGCUUUGUUGCCCACAUAUACUUCAGAAACCUGAACAUACUUUUCCAGCCUUAAGCCUAGCACACAAAGGACAUGGAUCCAAGGCUUUUAGAAGCCAUUCAGGAAAAUGAUAAAGUUGUCUUUGAAAAAUUAGUUCAGGAAGACAAACGAGUGCUUCAACAACGAUCAUCGGAUUCCUCUAACACAUCUCUACACUGGGCAAUAAUGAAAGGGAAAACAGAAAUAGCUAGAGCAAUUUUAGAGCUGUGUCCUGACUUGGUUUCAGCUCAGAAUAUUCGAGGGGAUACUCCUCUCCAUGAAGCCUGUCGGGUAGGAAAUGCUGAUAUGGUGAUGUUGCUGUUAGAGACCAAACAAGCGGUAGCCACUCUACUUAACUAUAACAACGAGAGUGCAUUUUCCAUAGCUUGUAGCCGAGAGCAUCUUGAUGUGGUUAAGCUCCUGCUCAACCUAAGUUGGUUAAUGGAUAUCGAAGAAGCUAGAUACCCUUCAAAUGCUUUGCACCAAUCAGUGUCAAGAGAUAACACAAGAGUUGUGAGGGCAAUAUUGGAAGCGAGGCCAAGUUUUGCUUCGAAAAGUGACCAGGAUGGGUGUUUACCACUGCACUGCGCUUGUGAAAAGAGUAGCUUGGAGAUGACAAAAAUCCUUUUAGAGUAUGCCCCCCAAAGUAGUAUGGUACUUAAUAACAAAGGGUAUGCGCCGCUGCAUUUGGCUGCAAUGAAUGGUUGUGCUCCCAUCAUUCUUGAAUUUCUGUCGAGAGGUUCCCAAUAUGUCAUUUUAUUCACAAAACAGGGGGAUUCUCUACUUCACCUUGCUGUUAAAUCCGGCAGCUACGAUGCCUUCAUCGUCAUGAGGGAUGUUUUUACAACCAUACCUCACUUCCUCCGCUUCCGAGACCAACACGGUAAUACAGUCUUACAUCUUGCUGUAUCCACAGGCUGCUAUAAAGUAAGAAUCUCUUAUUCUCUCCUUGUAUGCUUAUCUCGGGUCUUUUUUUUUCUCUUAUCGACAAAGAUGUGUUAUGUUCAGAUUGCAGAGUACUUGAUAAAGGUUAAACUAUUGGAUCUCAAUGACCAGAAUUACUCAGGUCUCACAGCACUGGACAUACUCGAAGAGGUAGCUUUCCCUCAUGAAAAAAAAUGGAGUCUUAAGGACUUGUUAGUUAAAGCCGGCGGUAAACGUAGCAUUCUGAUCUCUUCGACGUCACUAGUUAGAGAAACAAGUGACGUUGACAUAGAGCACAAAGAUAUUAAAUCGCCUACUUCUUCUACAAGCGCCACAACGACUCACAAUUCACAACCAAGUGGAGCUGCUGCUCAAACAAAUUAUAAUACGACAAGAUCUGAAACGAAGCAAAAACCAGCGGAAAAGGAACUAGCUAGAGACAUUAGUGAUCACCUGAGAAAGAUGCAGAUAGAGGCACUACAAAAUUCCAGGAACACCAUUAUAGUAGUUGCUGUUUUAAUUGCAACAGUAAGUUUUGCUGCUGGGAUAAGUCCUCCUGGUGGUGUCUUCCAGGAUGGACCAAUGAAAGGGAAAUCAAUACUAGCCAGAACAACAGCUUUCAAGGUGUUUGAAAUAAGCAACACUAUUGCAUUGUUCACCUCCCUUUCAGUUGUCAUUACUCUCAUCAGGAUCAUCCCUUUUCGAAGAAAACCGCUGGUGAGAGUGCUAAAGAUUGCUGACAGAGUCAUGUGGGUGGCAGUUUUGUGCAUGGGAAUCAGUUUUGUAGCAGCAACUUGGGUGAUCACACCACAUAGUGGAGGCACCGAAUGGAUGCCUGUGUUGGCAACGGCUGCGGGUGGCAGCGCGCUGGGAGCGACCUUUAUUGUUAUAGCUGUGAUUUUUACUAUUCAUUGGCAGCGGAAAAGGAUGUGGAGGAAGAAAAGGACAGAAGGAAAGGUAGAAGAGCAACCAGUUGAGCAAUUUGCAGUAGAGGAAUUAGAGAUAAAGAUCCUUGGAAGCGCAAGUUCAGACAUUGCACCCAAUUACGGUUUAGGAUAUCACACAUACUGAUAGUUCCGAUGAAAAACUUGUACGCCAUGUAUAUACAUGGAAUUACUGCUGUACUAUAAACAGGCUGGAAACAAAAGAAUUAGACAAAUUUCGGAAAAAUAGAAGUUAUUAGUAGCAAGAAACCAAUAUUAAUAACUGCAAUUAAAUGCUACGAAAACAUUCAAAACAGAGAAACUCAUCCGAGAAUAUCAAAAGCAGUAUUGUUCAACAGCUAAACAAUUACUCAAAAGACAUUGUUUAGACAAAGGAUUCCAACAGCUAGCUGGAACCUGACACUGAUCAACAAAGAAUUGUUUAAGAUGACAACAGUAAAGCAACUAACGUGGCAAGCAGAACCACUAGGAGUGAAACAAGUCUAUCGGACACUACUGCUCCUGAACCACUAGAAAUUGGUUUUAGUUAUAACUAAUUUCAUGGAAUUGAAUUUUUAGAAUUGAAUUUUAAUCUUUAUUCAAACUAAACACACAAAAUAUGAAAUUCAAUUGAAUUCAACAAAAUUUUAGAAAUUGGAACUGAACCAAACAUAGCCUAAAAGUCCACUGGUUGGCCUCAUAUGCAAUCUCCUGCAAGUCGCCAUUUGCAAUUUGCAAAUGGGACCCUUUUUCCUGGACCCCCAAUGACUAUUUCCAGGAAUCUCCAGUGAUCGAAAAUUUCCUCCGGUUCACCUUUUUCUUGCCUCCUCCAUAGAAUCUGUAGUAAUAAGGUGUUAAGUUGCCCUUAUUAAGAAUUAAUAUUUAUUGACCUAUCUCUAGGGAUAGGCAUGUGUCGACUCUGUGAGACUUUUCUUUGCCUGUAAAAAGGGUUAUUGCAUGUGGAAAUUAAGAGAGAAAA